AUGAGAGACCUGUUGAAGCGCGGCAUCGCGGUGCAUCACAGCGGGAUCCUGCCCAUUCUCAAAGAGGUCAUCGAGAUGCUCUUUUCCAGAGGCCUCGUGAAGGUGCUCUUUGCCACUGAGACGUUUGCGAUGGGCGUGAACAUGCCGGCGCGCACCGUGGUCUUCGACAGCAUCCGGAAACACGACGGGACGGGCUUCAGGAACCUGCUCCCAGGGGAGUAUAUUCAGAUGGCCGGUCGAGCGGGGAGAAGAGGUUUGGACGCCACUGGGACCGUCAUCCUUCUGUGCAAAGCUGGAGUUCACGAAAUGUCCGACCUCCACGUCAUGAUGCUGGGAAGGCCCACGAUGCUGCAGUCCCAGUUCAGACUGACCUACACCAUGAUCCUGAACCUGCUGCGGGUCGAGGCGCUCAGAGUCACAGACAUGAUGAGGAGGAGUUUCUCCGAGAGUCACCGCGACUCACAGGCCAGUGAGCAGCGCAUCAGUGAGCUGAAGAAGACCCUGUCGUCUCUGCCUCCUCUGGACUCCGAGGGGCAGUUGUCCGACCUGCUUCCCUAUUACCACACUGUGACGGAGCUGCGGACCACUACGGAAGCUGUGCAGAAGGCCGUCCUGGAGUCGGUGAACGGACUCAAAGCUCUGUCCGUCGGUCGAGUCAUCGUCGUUAACAACGGACAACACCUGAACGCUCUGGGGGUCAUACUGCAGGUCUCCAGUGACUCGGUGAAUCGCACUUUCACGGCCCUGAUCCUCUGUGAGAAAGGAAACGAAGAAGGAGGCGUCAGAAACAACAGCGACGCAUUUCCUCAUCUGUUCAACACGGCUCUGUUCAUCCCUGAAGGUCCCUGCAGUCACACGGUGCAGAAGCUGAAGCUGCAGGACAUUUCCGCCAUCACCGUGAAAACUCUCAAAGUCAUUCCCGACAGAAUCAUCGACAACUACAACAAGAGACAGCAGCCGAGGUUCAGGAACGACCCCCCCGGACAGGCCAUCUCCACGGCAGCUCAGGAGCUUCUGCGAUUGGCCGAGUCCAACCCCGGCGGCGUGGGCGCUCUGGACCCGGUGAACGACCUGCAGCUGAAGAGUGUGGAGGUGGUGGAAGGCUCCAUGAGGCUGCGGAGGCUCCAGGACGCUCUGAGGGCCUUCAGCUGCAUCCACUCCCCCACCUUUGGAGAGCAGUUUGCUCGAGUUCAAGAGAGGAUGCGUGUCCAAGACGAGCUGGACAAACUGCUGUUCCUGAUUUCAGACCAGUCCCUGACGCUGCUGCCGGAAUAUCACCAACGAAUCAAGGUGCUGCAGUCGCUCCAGUACGUGGACAGCAGCGGCGCCGUGCAGCUGAAGGGGCGUGUGGCCUGUCAGAUCAGCAGUCACGAGCUGCUCCUCACUGAGCUGCUGUUUGAGAACUCCCUGAGUCCUCUGGCCCCUGAGGAGAGCGCCGCCCUGCUGUCCUGCCUGGUGUUUACGCAGAAGACUCAGGUGGAGCCGCAUCUCAGCAACACGCUCAAAGAGGGCAUUGAGAGAGUGCUGGCGGUGGCCAAGCGGAUCGGCGAGCUCCAGAUGGAUUGUGGGAUACCGCAGACCGCAGAGGAGUUCGUGGGACAGUUCAAGUUUGGGCUGACGGAGGUGGUCUACUGCUGGGCCCGGGGCAUGGUGUUUCCAGGAGGACUUUACGCAGUGUAG